AUGACUGAUUACACUAGUACAUCAAACAGCGAAUACGUCGCACUCAAUAAUUUACAGCACACGGAGGACGACGAUGACGACGAUAUACUGGGACCCCCUCAAAGCUACCAAAUAAACAGACCCCUGUAUACUGACCACAACUUUCACAGUGCGUAUAAGGCGAAUGAAUUCGAGUACGUGCCGUACAGUGAGAGGAUUGGGAACAAGUUUAGGAAGUGUCAAUGCGGUCCUCGCUGUUGUAAAGGGUGUAUGGUGUCUGUACUCCCUAUCUUAUCAUGGCUACCUGCUUAUGUAGUUCGAAAACAACUGUUAACGGAUGUCAUCUCAGGCAUUACAGUGUGUAUUGUAAAUAUACCACAAGGUAUGGCAUAUGCUAUGUUGGCAACGUUACCGCCUGUGUUUGGUCUGUAUUUGGGAUUCUUCGCACCGAUUGUAUAUGGGAUUACAGGAACGUGCCGAGAGCUGGCACUGGGUACAUAUUCUGUUACGAGUAUCAUGGUGGGAUCGGCAAUACAGGGGGUAGUACCUCAAUAUCCUGAAGGUAUGGAAGAACCGCCGUAUGAUUAUAUGGAUUAUAAUGUUACUAACGCGAACACAACGGGUAUGCCUCCCAUGGAAUGGAAUAGGGACCAAGAACUGAUAGAUGCCGCUAUUAUACUCACUCUUCUUGUUGGAAUCAUACAGUUAUCUAUGGGUAUUCUACGCCUCGGUUGGAUCACCAUAUAUCUAUCGGAUCCGUUCAUUAAAGGGUAUACUACGGGGUCAGGAUUUCACGUAUUCACGAGUCAGAUAGACAAUAUGUUAGGAAUAAGAGUUGGAGGUCGUUCCGGAGCGUUCAAAUUAUUCUACGAAUAUAUAGAAAUGCUUACGAGAAUCGAUGAAUGGAACUAUGUGACGAUGCUCAUAUCGAUUAGCUGUGUUCUUGUGUUGGUAAUAAUUAAAGACACUGAACGUAGAUUUAAAAAACAACUACGUGGUAUCCCAUUGGCACCGGAGUUAGUUGUGGUAAUAUUUGGUACAUUAGCCAGUUAUUUAUUGAACCUGGAAGAGAAUUACAACGUGGAUGUUGUUGGAGAUAUACCUGCAGGGGUGCCUCGACCUACUCUACAAUCAACUAAAUACCUGACUUCGUUGAUCGCGUCCGCGUUUCCGAUCGCCAUUGUAGCCUACGCCAUUGGCAUUGCCUUGGCGUCGCUGUUUUCCCAAAAACAUAGCUAUAAGAUAGAUGGAAAUCAGGUUGCCGGGUUUGUUAAUAGUGGUUUGUUGUUGAUAGUACUGCUAUGGAUUGGACCUUUGUUUGAGCAAGUGCCAACGGCUGUGCUUUCUGCUGUUAUUAUAAUUGCGCUACGAGGUAUAUUCCGACAGAUCUUGGAUGUCCCAAGGCUCUUCAAGUAUGAUCUCAUGGACUUUCAUGUAUGGAUGGUGAGCUGCCUAUCUGUAGUACUAUUGGACGUGGAUAUUGGAAUUGUCAUCGGUGUAGCCUUUUCUAUAUUUGCAUAUGUCUGGAGAACGCAGGAACCGUAUUGCACGUUACUAGGUAGAAUACCUGGUACGGAUAUCUACAAGGACAUAAAGUGGUAUGAAGAUAACGCUGAGAACGUAUCCGAAAUGGAAGGAUUAACUACCGAUUCCGCAGACGCCUUAACGCACACAAUUAUUAUUGACUUAUCCACGGUAAACUUCAUCGAUUCUACGGGGUUGAAUGGACUAAGACUGGUUUUCAAUGAAUACAAUAAAGUUGGAGUCAAGAUAUUACUUACACACUGUAGAAAACGUGUUCGUGAUUUUCUAUUCAGAUGCAAUUUCUUUGAUACUGUUCCAAUUGACGCAGAGUCGUGUUUAUUUGUAACCAACCACGAUGCCGUUGUAAGUACAACGAAUGAAACCGCAAAUAUGAAUAACAUUUUGUCAGUAGAAAAUCCUGAUAAUGGAAUGACGUCAGCAAGUGAUGUUAGAAAAUCAUUCUCUUUGGAUGACAUUAGUGACAUUGAAUACGCUGAUGACAAUACUGUUGAAAUGACCAAGAUAAACUGA